AUGAGAAGUUUUAGGUGUUGAGUUGGCAAAUUAGAAGCAAGGCAACAAUGGAGUACAACGAGAGUGGCAUCAACGUUGACGAUUAUAACACGGAGCUUCUGCCUCAGCAAGAAGGAACGUCGCCGCCGUCGUCUUGGCGUCUCAACCUCGACAAGUUCCACCUUCACCAGCAAAGGUUAAACUCCGAUGAUGAUUCUCUCUCUCGCCUCCUUUGUACUUAUAAGAAACAGAGGAAGGUUUCAGAAUACUACAAAAAGCAAGAAAGGCUCCUUGCUGGAUUUAAUGAGAUGGAAAGCAUGAAUGAGAUGGGUUCUUUGCCUGGAAGCCUAACCGAGGAUGAAAUGAAGCAACUAGCAAGGAGUGAGAGGAUGGCAGUUCAUCUGUCUAACAUUGCUAACAUGGUUCUUUUUGCUGCCAAAGUUUAUGCCUCUAUUGAAAGCAGAUCUUUGGCAGUUGUUGCAUCAACUUUGGAUUCACUCUUGGAUCUUCUCUCAGGAUUUAUUCUUUGGUUCACGUCGCAUGCCAUGAAAACCCCGAAUCAAUAUCACUACCCGAUCGGAAAGAGACGAAUGCAGCCCGUUGGUAUCAUUAUUUUUGCUUCAGUAAUGGCAACUCUAGGUUUACAAAUAUUGCUGGAGUCUGUCAGGGAACUUAUUGCCAAGUCCCAUCCUGAGAUCAAUCACAAUCAAGAGAAAUGGAUGAUUGGAAUUAUGGUUUUCGUGACGGUAGUGAAGUUCGCCCUGACGGUAUAUUGCCGGCAGUUCAAAAAUGAAAUCGUUAGAGCCUACGCACAGGAUCAUUUCUUUGAUGUUGUUACUAAUUCAGUUGGUUUAGCUACAGCUGUUCUUGCUAUCCAUUUCAAAUGGUGGAUUGAUCCAUCCGGAGCUAUAAUUAUAGCGAUAUACACGAUGAGUACCUGGGCAAGGACGGUGAUCGAGAAUGUCUGGUCACUAAUUGGAAGAACUGCUCCACCUGAUUUUCUAGCAAAAUUGACAUAUCUGAUAUGGAACCACCAUGAAGACAUACAGCACAUCGAUACGGUUAGAGCAUAUACGUUCGGUUCGCAUUACUUUGUGGAGGUCGACAUCGUGUUGCCGGAAGACAUGCUGCUGAACAAAGCACACAACAUUGGCGAGAAACUGCAGGAGAAGCUAGAGCGGCUACCAGAAGUCGAGCGAGCCUUUGUGCAUAUCGAUUUCGAGUUUACACAUAGGCCUGAGCAUAAGACCAUGGUCUAAUUCUUGGCCUUAUCCAUGAUGCUCUUGCAUUGCUGGUCUGAUUUCGCAUGUUCAUAUAUCUGUUCUCCUUGGAGUCUCAAAUGCUACUUUUCAU